AUGUGGCUGAAGCUGUUCUUCCUGCUGCUGUACUUCUCGGUGCUCUUCCUGCUAGCCCGGCUCUUCGAGGCUGUGGUCUGGUACGAGACCGGCACGUUCGCCACGCAGCUCGUGGACCCGGUGUCCCUGAGUUACAAGAAGCUCAAGACCAUCCUGGAGUGCAGAGGACUGGGACACUCCGGACUGGCUGAGAAAAAGGAGGUCAGCGAGCUGGUGGAGAAGUCAGGGGAGCUGACUCAGGGGGAGCUGUACUCGGCCAUCAAGAAAGAGAAGGAGCAGACCGAAGCAGGAGACUCCACCACCACCGUCUUCAGCGGAGAGAUACACUUCUAUGAACUGGUGGAGGACACCAAAGAUGGGAUCUGGUUGGUUCAGGUCAUUGCCCAGAAUCAGGAGGCUCUGCUCAGUCCGUCCAACUGGGGGAAGAUGGUGCAGAAAGUUUCUCAGUUUGGGAUAAGGACUGGAACUUUCAACUGUUCCAACGACAAUAGGUCGUGCAUUAAGCGAGGCUGGCAGCAGUCCACACUCAUCAUGUCGGCUCCUCAGACUUCAGCAUCAAAGGGAAAAGUAAUGCUCAAAGAGUAUACGGGUCGUUAUGUUGAAAUCGAGCAGAUUUUCCGCUGGAUGACCUCCCAUGUGGCCAAUCGAAUCAAAACCCUGCGUCAUUCCAAACAGCUCGUAGAAGAGUGGCACUCUGAGCCCGCUCACUCCACCAAGAUGUUCCUGUUUGCUCAUCUCUCCCAGCCUCCCGCCUUCUUCUCCUCGCUCUCUGUCAAGUUCACCGGCAGGAUCGAGUUCAUCUUCGUGGAUGUGCGUCACUGGGACAACCACAGCAGUCUGCUGGAUAUCGGAGUGACUCAGAGUCCUGCUUAUAUUCUCAAAAUGCCUGAGGGUGUUUAUCGCUAUGGCAACAGCACCGGGGAGUUCCUGUCUCUCGCUGCCAUGGACACGUUUCUGCGCUCCGUCCAGCCGGAGGUCAAUGAUCUGUUUGUCCUGAGUCUGGUCCUCAUAAACCUGCUGGCCUGGAUGGACCUCUUCAUCACACAGGGAGCGACAGUCAAAAGAUUUGUGGUGCUGAUCCGAACACUUGGAACCUACAACUCCAUAUUACUGGUGUCCUGGCUUCCUGUCCUGGCUGUCCUGCAGCUGCCCUAUCUGAACACCCUGUAUGGUUUCAGUCUGAAGCUGCUACGUUACGCCGACACCACCACGCUGGCAAGUUUAGUAAGAGCCGACUGGACCUUCUACUCAUCCCAUCCAGCCCUGUUCCUGUUCACCUACCUGGUCCACGGCCUGUUGGUCGACUACUUUGAGAAGAAACGCCGCUGUGGAACCAGGAACCAGGAGGACAGCACCACCAAUCUGGAGUGGCUGGCCAGUUUGUGGGACUGGUACACCUCCUAUCUGCUCCACCCAAUUGCAUCACUGCAGCAGUUUCCGUCUGACCACUCAGACUGGGAGGACGAUCCAAACUUCUUAUUCCAGCGUUUAGCUUUUCCAGAUCUCUGGCUUCAUCCACUGGUAAACAUGGAUUACAUUAAACUACUGCCGACCUGGAGGCUGAAAGUUGUCAGUGGGUGGAAGGAAAGUGUGUCUGGUGUACGACAGGACGAGGAAACCAAGAUCCAAGAACUGUUGGAUCGUUCUCCUGCAGGUCUCAGCAGCACACGGCACCAACGAGAGCUGUGCAGUCAGGACAGCAACACAGACGAUGAAAGUAAUCCCAUCAGCACGUGUCCGUGUGCACACACUGCUGCUGCGGCGUCCUUCUGUUGUCAUGGAAGCUCAACAUUGGUCAACAAGUUGCCAGAGGAUGCCACACCUCCAGGGCUCUCCAACCACCAGCUGUAUGACUGGUCGCUGUGGCCCUCUGACAUGCUCCUGUGCUCAGAGUGUGUGGUGUGUCUGGAGAACUUUGUGAGCGAGGAGCUGCUGAUGGGUCUGCCCUGCGGCCAUGCCUUCCACCAGCAGUGCAUUGUAGUGUGGUUGGCAGCAGGCCGGCACUGUUGCCCGGUGUGUCGUUGGCCCAGCUACAAGAAGAAAAAGCAAAGAGCUGCACCAAGCAGCACCAAUGAAAGCAUUCAUGUGGAUAACUGAACCCUUCUUAUCUAGAAGCUCACUUGGUUAAACAUCUUCUAAUUUAAACUCCAGGUUGGGACUGCAGAAUCGCCCAGAUGAAAGCGUUGUACGUAAAUAAUUUUGGUUGCUGCUAUCAUUAAACAAAAAGUCAGAAGAAGCUUUGCUGUUUUAAAAUGUAACGAGCACUUUAUGAAAGAUUACAGGAAAUA